AUGGCGAAAAUGCUGUGGUCCAGGCUCGGAAUUUGCUUCGGAUUUGGAGGCAGCCAUGAAAAGGAAAAGAAAAAGGAAAUUAGCGUCGAGAAGACGACGAACAAUGUAAACGAAGAAUACAACGAAGCUUUCAGGACACGAUCCUACGCCGACAUGUGCAAUAAGAUUCACAACCAAUUCGAAACGCCGGCGAUUCUCCAUUCAUCGCCGUCGUCGUCGUCGUCGCUUUCCUCAUCGACGGAGCUGUCGUCACCUCAUUUUCCGGCGUCGGACUGUAUCUCCGAUGGCCUGAUCGAGCCGCAACCGGAAACCCUAACCUGCAUUUUCAAGAACUCCGAUCUGCCGCUUUCCUCAUCUAUGGAGCUGACGUCACCUCAUUCUCCGGCGCCGGACUGUAUCUCCGAUAGCCUGAUCGAGCCGCAACCGGGAACCCUAACCUCCAUUUUCGAGAACUCCGAUCUGCCGGAAUCCCUCGCCAGCUACUUCCAGAUCGGCCUCGACGCCGGCAGAGCGUGUGAGUCCCUUCUCCGGGACCUCAACCAAGUUCGGAUCAACCACCGCUGCAUAAGCAAGCUGCUAAAAUUAACGCAGCGGUCGCCGGAUAGUUUCCGCCGCCGUGCUACAAUCAUCAACCACCACAAGGCGUACAUAAAUCUCGCCACCUUCGCCGUCUGCAGGAACCCCUUUACCGUUGCGACACGUGGCAUGUUCCACGAAAUGCACGACGCCCAAGUCCUCCUGCUGCGACGGCUGACGUCACAGCACCGGAAAACCAAGCGGAGAACAAAACUCAUCCGCCGCUUCCGUCAAGGAAUGGCGGCAAUUCUGGCAAUCGGAGGCGGUGCUCUGGCAGUGAUCCUGCUGUUCCUCUCGAUUCCGGCGGGGGCCGGGGCAGUGCUGGGAGGGCUAAUUGUGUGCACUUUGGCGGCGAUGAUUCUGAAGAAGCUGAAUCGAAUUGAGCAGAGGCGGCGCGGCGGAGGGACGUGGGUGGAGGGGCUGGACAUUGCCGCAAAAGGGGUGUAUAUACUGAUAAACGAUUUCGAGAUGGUGAGCCGGAUGGUGGAGAGGGUGGAGGAGGAGGUGGACCGGCGAAAAUUCGUGGCGGAGAUGUGCGUGAGGAGGAAGAUGGAGGAGAUGCUGAGGGGAGUGGUGGGGGAAUUGGAGACCAACAAUGGCAGAUUUGGGGAGGAAUUGGAAGAGUUGGAGAAGCAGAUAUAUCUCUGCCUACUCGACAUAAAUCGAUCCCGACGUUUGCUGCUCCACGAGAUCAUGUUCCAUUAAGGACGACAACAAAAAGAACAAAUUCUUUAGAUUAAGAUGAUAGAUUGUUUUUGUAGAGAAGAAAUCAUAGUGUCUGUUCAAAAGAAGCAUAUGCAAAUUCUUUGUAAUUUUUUUCCAUUACAUAUCAAUAUUGAGUUGCAUGUUUCAAUAGGUAUACACAAUUACAGAUUAACAAGAAGCUUUAUUGGACAUAGAAAUGAACAAAUAUGCUCUUUUCACAGAGAGGUUACAUUUGAGUAAAAAAAGAAAAAAGA